UCAAAUCUCUCUCCUUCCGUUUCUCUCCUUCCUUCCUGUUUCUCUCCUCGAAAAGGAUCCUGCAACUUUCAAAAACCCUAGAUACACAAAAAGAGAUUGGAUUCCAAUUUCUCUCCGGCGAUUUUAUGAGAGUGAAAUUCGGCUCACGGUAAAACUACUCUUGAGCUGAAAGAUGAACACACAGGAGUCGAGAACAACUCGAGGAAACCGACGGAGGAAAGCUGUGAUUGAUCUGAAUGCGGAACCCGGUGAUCAAGAAGGGACCUCCGGUUCUGUAAGUGCUCCUACGGUGCCUACUGGUAACCUUCAGGGUGUGUCUGUACCUUCUCAACCUGUCCCUACCAUGAUUGAUGUCGAUGCUAUUGAAGAUGAUGUUAUUGAAUCAUCCGCAAGUGCUUUUGCUGAAGCUAAAAGCAAAUCGACAGGUGCACGUAGGAGGAAUUUGAUGGUUGAUUUGGUUUCAGGUGGUGUGACUAGAUUGCCAUUCAAUGUAAGACAAAAACGCAGAAGGAUUCCUCCUAAUCAACCUGUGAUCGACUGUGAGCUUGCACCUAUAAACACAAGCUCAAAGGCUCCAGCUCCUCCACCACCACCACCACCACCAGAGGAGCCAAAAUUCACUUGUCCAAUUUGUAUGUGCCCGUUUACUGAGGAGAUGUCAACUAAGUGCGGUCACAUCUUCUGCAAGGGAUGUAUAAAGAUGGCGAUUUCCCGCCAGGGCAAAUGUCCUACUUGUAGGAAAAAGGUUACUGCUAAAGAGCUCAUUCGAGUAUUCCUUCCAACCACCAGAUGAAUCAACAUCUCCAGCCACCAUGUCUAAUCUUUAUCCUCAAUCAAAUUCGCUUUGGAACAUUGAAAGGACUUCCAUUACUUGGCAUUUUAGUUUGAAUAUUUCACUUUGUUGGAAGAGAAGUAUACUUUGUUAUUUAGAACAUCUCCAAUGUAUCAUUUCAUUUUUAACUCCAGAGUAAUUGCUAAAUGAUAAUAGAUUUCUCUCUAA